GACACCUGGGUUUGCCUAAGGGAGAGGGGGGUGUUGGAGCCCUGAAGGAGGCGCUGGCUUUGGGAGGGACUGGGGAGGAGCCAGUCUUUAAAAGCUGUUCCUGGGUCUAGCCUGCCAGCCACAGACACUGAGCCCGGGUGGGAGAGGCCUGUGGCACCAGGGCGCCAGGCAGCGGCGGGAACUCGAGAGCCACAGAGCAGCGUUUACUGCCUCACAGGUUUGUCAGGUCGCAGCAGCGGGUAGGGGGAACAGAGGCAGGGCUGGGAACCUCAAGGCCACAAGGAGAAUACCUCUCCAGGCCACGGGUACCAGCCAGCAGACCGGCAUUCGGCUCUCCCCAGUGCACCGGAUUGGUUCAAGACCCCACUUGAACUGUGGACUUGGGGGUGACCUACAUUGUUAAGGACCUCAGUUUUGUUCUCUGCGACGACUCAGCCUGGAGAGAGACAUUUAAGGAUCGCCGCUUCACUUACAGGGGACGGCCUUUGGGACGCCCACUUAAGGCUCCCCCCCCAUGGCGCUACCUGGCUCCUCGCAGACCCAGGCCUGGAGCCUGGAGCCCCCCACUCCCGCGGCAGCUAACGCCUCUUGGGGAUCCCAGGAGCCAGAGCGAGCUGGCAACCCGGUGGUCUCCGGGGGGCUCCCCCAGGAAAAGGUGAAGCGGCCCAUGAACGCAUUCAUGGUGUGGAGCUCCGCUCAGCGCCGCCAGAUGGCGCAGCAGAACCCAAAGAUGCACAACUCUGAGAUCUCCAAGCGCCUGGGCGCGCAGUGGAAGCAGCUGGGCGAGGAAGAGAAGCGGCCCUUCGUGGAGGAGGCCAAGCGGCUCCGCGCCCGGCACCUGCGCGACUACCCCGAUUACAAGUACCGGCCUCGGCGCAAGACCAAGAACUCGGGCGUCGGACCUGCCAACGCCAGCCAGGGAAGCGGCGGCCUGCUCUGGGGGCCAGGAUACGCGGCCACCCAAGGCAGCAGAGGCUUCGGGUACCAGCCCCCCAACUACCCGACAGCCUAUCUGCCUGCCAACUACAGCUCUUCCCACUAUAAACCAGAGGCGCCCGUGCCAUGCUCCGUCCCUCAGAGCGACCCCAGACUCCAGGCGGAGCUGCUUCCCUCCUACAGCCCCUACCUGCCCCCAGGCUCCCCCAAUCCAUACAACUCUCCACUUGCAGGCGCCCCCAUGCCCCUGGCACACCUCUAA